AUGCCGACUCUCUCACGCUCAGUCACUCUGCUCCUCGGAGCCACCCUCCCAUUCACAGCUGCUCUGCCGACCAUCACCUGUCGUGACGGUGAGGCUUCACACUCGUCCUGUCUCGAUAUCAUCAGACCACGCAUAGUCCUAGACUCGCCAGAGGCCGGUCAGGAUAUCGGAACGAAUGUACUUACAGACAGUCUUUCUAAGCGGAUCGUACUAGGUGAGGAUUUGGAUGGCGACGUGGACUUCGAUGACGGCCUAAACAUGCCUGAGGGAGUACAUAAACGCCAUAUUCCAAACACUGAGGGGGAGCAGCCUACCGAGCCAGGAAAACCGUCCACUGAUCCUGCCAACAAAGAAAAUAAGGAUAAGGACCCUAAAGAUCAAGCCAAAGAGGGCGAUAAAAAGGGUGAUGACGCAGGAAAGCCUGCCGACAAAGAACCCAAGGACAAGGACCCGAAAGCCCAUGACGAUAAAAAGGGUGACGACGCGGGAAAGCCAGCUGAUAAAGGGCCUAUGCACCACCUUCCGGUACACAAAGACAACAUUACGCCAGCUGGUGUCUCGGCUGGUUUUGAUGCACCGCAAGACAAGUUGAUCAUCGCUAUAGACUUCAAGUCUCACGAUAAGCUCGUCCACGAUAAGGGUCAUGACAAAACUCAUACCGACGGGGCACACCUGAACCCCUUUCCAGCACACAUGGAGGAGCAGACUAUCCGACUAGCUGGUGGUUCCAACUUUGACAUCCCUACCGAACGUGCCAACAUGGACUCCUGGGCAGCAGACAAGGCCAGUGCCACCACGCGUGGUUUUGGUCAACAAGCCGAUGCUCUACAGAACAUGCCCGCUUCACAAGCUGGUGCCGCCACCUUUGGUGGCAGGUCCAACAUUCCGUCACCCUUCGUUCCAGGGAGCAAUGACUGGGAUAGCACUUCCGGAAAGUACCCUCCAGUCGCUGGCUCCAACAUUGCUCAGUCUCACAAUGACUGGGACACUACUACGCCGGGUGCUACCGCAGGUGGUUUUGGUCUACAAGAAUCUGGUGCCACCGACUUUGGCAGCAAGUUCAACAACCCGUACCCACCCUCUGGUUCAGCAAGCAAUGACUGGCAGAGUAACCGCGCAAAGUACCCCAGCAACCCGGAUCUAAACUCCGCCCAAGCAAGCAAUGACUGGCAGAACACCGCCUGGAACACUGCUAAAUCCCAAGAUAUGGCGCAAAACUCCGCACUAGCAAGCAAUGACUGGCAGAGCAACCCCUCCAGCGCUGCUAAGCCCCAAGAUAUGAUGCCAAACUCUGCUCCAGCAGGCAAUGAUUGGCAGAACACCCCAUCCAGCGCUGAUAAGCCCCAAGACAUGGCACCAAGCUCCGCUCCAGCAAGCAACAACUGGCAGAAUCCUGAGCAGAGCAAGAACUUGGGAGCCAACGCUGCGGACAAGGGCCUGGAAGAUUUCUCUCAAAGUCACGAACAGGAACUCUCCAAGCAGGGCAAUUCCCUUGACUUACCAAAGCCGGUUCCAGGGCCAACAGCGUAG